UGCGACUUCAAACGAAGUUACGAUGCCCGUAAGAGAUGCUUUGAAUAUUGCGCUUGAAGAAGAAUUUAUUCGUGAUGAACGUGUUUUUUUGAUCGGUGAAGAAGUUGCUCAAUAUAAUGGUGCUUAUAAGGUAUCAAAGGGCUUACUCGACAAAUUUGGCCCAAAAAGAGUGAUUGACACGCCAAUUACAGAAGCAGGUUUUGCAGGUUUAGCUGUUGGUGCGGCAUUAUCGGGGUUGAGGCCAAUUUGUGAAUUUAUGACAUUUAAUUUUUCCAUGCAAGCAAUUGAUCACGUAGUUAAUUCUGCAGCAAAGAUAUUAUAUAUGUCUGGUGGAACUGUAACAUGCCCAAUAGUUUUCCGUGGACCAAACGGUUCAGCUGCUGGUGUUGCCGCUCAACAUUCACAAGAUUACUCAGCAUGGUAUGGUGCUAUUCCUGGGUUAAAGGUAGUUUCUCCAUGGGAUAGUGAAGAUGCUAAGGGUUUAUUGAAGGCCGCAAUAAGAGAUCCUAACCCUGUAGUUGUGUUAGAAAAUGAACUGCAAUAUGGAGUUUCUUUUCCAAUGUCUCAAGAAGCAAUGUCACAAGAUUUUAUUCUGCCAAUUGGAAAAGCAAAAAUAGUACGUGAAGGAAAAGAUGUAACUAUUGUAUCACAUUCAAGAUCAAUAAAUUAUUGCCUAGAAGCGGCUGAAAAAUUGCAUAGUGAAGAAGGGAUAUCCUCUGAAAUUAUUAAUUUACGUUCAAUUAGACCGCUUGAUGUUAAUGCAAUUGUAAAUUCAGUGAAGAAAACUAAUCAUUUGGUGGCAGUUGAAGCAGGAUUUCCCCAAUUUGGAGUUGGUAGUGAAAUAUGCGCUAUAGCAAUGGAAACGGAAGCAUUUGACUAUUUGGAUGCUCCAGUAGAAAGGAUAACCUGUGCUGAUAUUCCCACCCCAUAUGCGGAGAAUUUAGAAAAUUUAUCUUUUCCAAAUACAGAUGUAAUUGUUAAAGUUGUAAAACGUACUUUAUAUAGAAAAAAGUAGCUAAGGUUAAAUUCUACUUGAAUUAGAAACCCCUAUUACUAUAUUCAGGAUUCUUAAUUUUAAAUUGAUAUUUUUAAUUAUAUUAUCUUCGAAUUAUCAACUUUUUCAAUACUUGUUACGUGAUAAAUAGUUUUUUUAACAAUGUAAAAAGAAUUGGUAGUUAAAAUCUUU